AUGCAGCUCCCGCGCGUUUCUUUGGCAGUCACCCUGGCGGUGCUGCGCGGGAUCGUCCUUCCCGCACCCGUGUCUGCGGAGGCGCGGACCGAGCUGGUGGAGGACGACCAGCUGGACCUGGCCCAUGCCAGCGCCCUCGGCCUCCAGCGCAGCUGGACCUGGCCCGCACCAGCGCCCUCGGCCUCCAGCGGUCGCACUCGCUGGAGCCCGCGCCCGUAUCUGAGCAGGCCCUGGCCGAGCUCGCGGAGGAGGCAGAGCCGCUGGACUGGACCCACAGCAGUGUCCUCGGCCUCCAGCGGUCGCACUCGUUGCUGA